AUGGAUUCCAUUGAGCCUGAACAAACCCCUUUUGCGGCUGUGAGCGCGCAUACAUCGCGCAUUCAACGUCAAUACCAGGCAUGGCUAGAUAAAUCGACGCCGUUUGUACCUUUCAGAUGGCUUGGAACUGGCGGACUUUUAUUCGUCUUCUUCCUCCGGAUAUUCGUCGCGCAAGGAUGGUACAUUGUGGCAUACUCGCUAGGAAUCUACCUCCUAAAUCUCUUCCUCGCUUUCCUCCAACCCAAAUUCGACCCCUCAAAUGAGGCUGUAGACAAUGAGAUGGAAGACGGUGCGGCCGGUGGCCUGCCCACAAAACAAGACGAGGAAUUCCGUCCUUUCAUUCGCCGUCUUCCUGAAUUCAAGUUCUGGUAUUCGGCUACGAGAGCAAUUGCUAUUGGGUUUCUCUGCACUUGGUUCUCCAUCUUCGAUGUACCGGUUUUCUGGCCUGUGUUGGUGGUUUACUGGCUCAUUCUAUUUGCGCUGACCAUGAGGAGACAAAUCCAACAUAUGAUCAAGUACCGAUACGUACCGUUCUCAUUCGGUAAGGCGAAGUACAACAAGAACAGCAAUUGA